GGUUGUUGUUGCUUUUACAUCUGAAAAAUUUAUGUUAAAUCUUAUCUGUUUUGCAUGUUAAAUUUGUAAAUGUGAUGCAUCAAUCUACAUACACAUACAUGCAUGCAUGGCCACAUCCAUUCACAUAUCAAAUUGUUUUGGUAUUGUGGAAACCGGAGUACCAUAUUUGUACUUUUCCGCCUCUCCAUCAGCGACAGCGCAACAAUUGACCUAAGCUCGCUCGCAGCUACUGCGAAUUUUUUGGACUGUAUCUCGAUCUUCACGGCGCUCAACUUUUUCGAGCUCCAUCAUACUAUUACUCAUCCUUGAAUCUAGCCCUCUCAUUUCUUCAUUUCAAAAUACCUAGAUUUGCUGCUACUAUUUUUCCACCACACAGAUCUGCUCACCUCCUUGAAAUCUCUUCUCUACCUUUCUUUCUUCAUUAUGUUUUGGAAGCUCACAGCUCUCUCCGCCUCCUCUCCGGUGGAGUCAGUGUUAGACAAGGAAAAUUUCACGUUGGAAGAGCUGCUGGAUGAGGAAGAAAUAAUCCAAGAAUGCAAAGCCUUAAACAGCCGUCUCAUUAAUUUUUUACGAGACAGAGCACAAGUGGAGCAGUUAUUGUGCUAUAUAGUUGAAGAAGCCCCCGAGGAUUCUGAAAGCAAACGGGCAUUCAAGUUUCCUUUCAUUGCAUGUGAGAUUUUCACCUGCGAAAUUGAUGUGAUUCUCAAGACACUGGUGGAGGAAGAUCAGCUAAUGGACUUGCUUUUUUCAUUCUUGGAACCAAACCGUCCUCAUAGUGCUUUACUAGCUGGGUAUUUCAGCAAGGUUGUUGUGUGCCUUAUGUUGCGGAAGACAGUCUCACUUAUGAACUACGUUCAAGUCCAUCCAGAUGUUUUCCGCCAUUUGGUUGAUUUAAUAGGCAUCACCUCUAUCAUGGAGGUUUUGGUUCGGCUUGUGGGUGCUGAUGAUAAUGUAUAUCCUAAUUUUAUGGAUGUGAUGCAAUGGCUGGCUGACAGUAAUUUGCUUGAAAUGAUUGUGGAUAAAUUAAGUCCAUCUUGUCCUCCUGAAGUUCAUGCUAAUGCUGCGGAAACACUGUGUGUGAUAACUCGAAAUGCUUCAUCAGCCUUGGCCACAAGACUUGCUAGCCCAAGUUUUGUUGCGAGGAUAUUUGGUCAUGCACUGGAAGAUUCGCAUUCAAAGUCUGGCCUUGUCCACUCCCUUUCUGUGUGUAUCUCCUUGUUAGAUCCAAAAAGAUCAUCAAUUUCGUCUCCUCUAAUGCAUUCUUUUCGAAGCCAACAUAUGUAUGAAUCUCCAAUCCCUGUAAAUCCAGAGACCAUUGGUGCAAUGCUUCCAAAACUUCAUGACUUGCUUAUGCUUCUUAAAGUUGCAUCUGAUGAGAAGAUUUUGCCGACAACAUAUGGAGAAUUGAGGCCGCCUCUAGGGAAGCAUCGCCUAAAGAUUGUGGAGUUCAUUGCUGUGCUAUUGAAAACUGGGAAUGAAGCUGCAGAGAAGGAAUUGGUCAGCUCUGGAACCAUUCAAAGAGUUCUUGAUCUUUUCUUUGAGUAUCCAUACAAUAAUGCAUUGCAUCACCAUGUGGAGAGUAUAAUAUAUUCUUGUCUGGAGAGCAAGAGUGACACCAUGGUGGAUCAUCUUCUUCAAGAGUGUGACAUGAUUGGGAAGAUUCUCCAAACUGAUAAAGAUCCUGUUCUUUCUGGCAAGGCCAGUAAGCCAACUUUACCUGCUUCUGGGAAACGGGCACCACGGGCAGGAAACCUUGGACACGUUACACGUAUUUGUAAUAAGCUUGUUCAAUUAGCUAGCAGCAACAGCCACGUUCAUACACAUCUUCAGGAAAAUAAUGAGUGGAGCGGAUGGCAAAUUAAUGUCCUGCAGGAGCGUAAUGCUGUUGAAAAUGUCUGCCAAUGGGCUUGUGGUUCUGUUACUAUUGACCUUUUUAUCUACGUUCAAAGCACCGGAAGAGUCAUUUCCUGGCGUCCAACAGCUUUGCAAGAUAGGACAAAGGAUAGUGAUGAUGAUGACCUUCAUGACAGGGAUUAUGAUGUUGCCUCUCUUGCAAAUAACUUAACUCAGGCUUUCAGAUAUAAAAUAUAUGGGAAUAAGGAUGCUGAAGAGGACCAUGGAGCUCUUGAUCGGGAUGAUGAGGAUGUCUACUUUGAUGAUGACUCUGCUGAAGUUGUGAUAUCAUCCCUGAGGCUUGGUGAUGACCAAGGGAGUCUGUUUACAAAUUCCAACUGGUUUGCCUUCCAAGAUGACAGAAUUGAUAACACACCUGUAAGUACGUCACCUUCAGAGAUGAUGGACGAGAUAAACUUGAAUAGAACUGCUAAUGGUGGUAACAGUAGUAGUGAUGAUGAAGUGGUGGUUGGAGAAGAUGAUGAGUUGACUGAAAGUAAAGAUUUUGUCAAUGGCACAUCUACUUCCAGUACAAACUAUAUGAAUCCAUUUUCUGGGAGUGAUUGGACAAAUACUGGAAAUUUGGAUCCACUAAAUGAGAAGGCAAAUGCUUCAAAUGAUUUGGGAUUCUUCAGGUUUGACACACCAGAUAAUCAAGACUUCUUUGCAGAUAGGCCUUUACCAGAUUGGGAGGGAUGGAGAGAAUCAUCAAAUGGGCAAGUUGGUGGGUCAAGUCUGAAUCCUUUUAUUGAUAAUGUCAAUCCUGAUGUUAACAUUGCGAGUCAUACCAGGGUUGCAGCUUCGGACUCUACUUCACCGUCAAGUGCGGAUUCCAUUGUCCCAAAUGGUUCUGUUACAUCCAUGGAAUCUAGUGAUGGAUCCACAAGCAGUGAUGGGAGUCAGAGAUCUGCAGCAGUGCCCUCAUUGUUCGAAGAGGAUGUUGAAUUUGUGGGUGUGGAAUUAGAAGGUACUGAGAAGGCAAUGGAACAGGCUCUUAAGGAGGGAAUAGUUGGAGAAGCAGGGCCCUUAAAGAGGAACAUACUCCCAAAGGUGCCAGAAAAGGAAAAUUCUGAGGAAGGGGGAGCUGGUAUGAAAGAGUUCAACGAUGCAAACUACUGGAGGGUUGAUAAAGAGGUAGCUGUUCUGGAGUGAUAGUGGGUGGGUUCUUGUUUGGUUGACUGUUCCUGAAAGUUGGAUCCUACGGUCAACCUCAUUUUUGGCUGGUAAGGGCUGAUGCAACAAAAGCGUGUACAGUGUAAUUUUGUUUCCAGAUGGGGAUUGAACCGUAGGGUGUGUUAUGGUUAUUAAUGUCUAUUAGUUUUUCUCAACUGUAAUUGUUUAUUAUUUUUAAGUUUUGUUUCUUCUACUGAUUUGUGGGAUUUCCCCAUAAUCCAUCAUAUUUAUAUUUCUCAUUUCUUGCUGGGACCA